AUGCUGGAAGAAGUACUUAAACAUCACACGUCUGUAGCACUGGGGAGCGCUUUGAAAGAUGAGAAAAUUCCUCAGGCUUACAAUGUAGUAGCUCAGAUUGAUCGCAACCGCAUUUCGGAUCCUCGCACAGCGACUUUCAGACGCUACCGUUCAUUACUGCAGUCAAAUGAAUGCUCUUACUCCAUCGCAACUCCUGAUGAAAAAAGGGACAAUAUUGUAUUUUUCGGGAGGGAGAACCAGACCAGUGCGCUUGGUUAUGAUUAUAUGGUCGCAAUGGUCAGUAGAAGAACAAGUGAGACGAAGUAUUUGCCAGUUAAAGUUGUUAGCUUUGAGAAGGUCUAUACAAAUGAACCAAAUAUUUUGCUUGGUCUCAAACCUCCCCCUAAAAUAAUUUAUAAUGAUGAUAAAGUCGUGACGAAACUAUCUUGGGCUGAGAGACGAAGGGCCCUAACCGAAGAAUUUGGUUCAGCAAAGAAGUUAAAAUCACAAGCCGGAGCAGGCAGAAGACUUAUAGGGGAGGAUGCAUUAAAGAUUAUGUUGAAAAAUACGAAUAUUAUUUCGUCUGCGGAUAGUGAAGAGAAGCCAUCACCGAUUGCAUUAUUUGAAAAGCCGCAGAGCUCAGUUUUGCCGAUUCCUAAUAAUGAUGCGAAGUCUCCUGCGGAUGUGUAUUCGUACAAUCAAUUUUUAUCAGAUGAAGAAAUAAACGGUUUGAGGGAGAUUGCUUUUAACUUUUUGGGUAAAUCUGAAAGGGAAUUAAUUAAUGCAGGUUUCCCAAAACUGGUGCUCUUGUUAUCUAAAGAUUCUAGUGAUCCUUCCAGAAGGGCUGUUUUUCUAGUUUUGCUAGCGACAAUGAUUACUUGUUAUAAGAUGCUUUCUCCUCCAAGAAAGAGGUCUGUGACUGUAAAAGAGUGGUUUUCUCUACCAUUUCCUCAGGAGUUUUUGACAGUGGUACGCGAAAUGUUUUUUGCCAACAGUUUUUCACAUGAGUCUGCGCGAAGAAACGUUGGACAAGAGAAGGCAAUAGUCAACACUGUGGACAAGGAUAAGCUGCUAGCUCAUACAAUUUGUUUAGGUCUAAUAAUUGAUGGAAAGUAUACUGUACCUGUAACACCGUGGACGUUAGAACUGAGUUGCUCUGAUAAGAAGUUUAAGAAAAUGGCUCUUGCCCUUGGAUGCACUGUUAUCCCAGUUAGUGAAAGUGAAGGCAUCAGGCUUGGAACACUAAAUGUUGCUAAACUUGUUGGACCUCCUAACCAAAAAAGUACCCAAAGAAGACCUCAGAGGCGUUGA